UUUGUUGCACUUGGCGGCCGCUCGCGAUCUCAAGUCGGAAAUCGCGUGCUAUAACAAUAAAAUGUGAACAAUUCGGUUUUAAAAAUUAUAUGUGCCAGCCAGAGCCAGUCCAAGGAGUCCAGACGUGAGACGUGAGACGACAACGUUUCCGAGACCCACAAAACACAACAAAUGACAGAAAUGAAUGCAGCGGCGGCGGCUGCCUCCGAGGAGACAAAGGAGGGUGGUGGAAUGCCAGCAGAACCAGAACCUGAGGCAGUAGCCGUACCUGAGACCGAGGCGAAGCCUGCAGUGCCACCGUCCAGGCAGCGUACCCUUACGCGCACCGAGGAGAUGGAUGCGGAUGGCGACGAUAUCGAGCUGGAUCCGGAUGGGGACGAUGCCGCGGACAGCAUCACCUUGGAGCUGGCCUUAUCACCGCACAGCAGCACGCCCACGCCGCCACCGACCACGGCGGACGAGGACUUUGCCCAGCUGGACAACAGCAAGCCCUUUAAGAUCAAGGACAUCACACGAAAUAUACGCAAGGCGGUGGUGGCCACAACCCUUUCGGAGCUGCGCGUCAAGGUAUCUGCGAAAUUCGAACGAAAUCAGCCGGCGAUACACCUGGAUUGCGAUGGCACCGAGGUCGAUGACGAGGAGUACUUUAGCACUCUGGAGCCAAAUGCCGAAUUGAUUGCCGUCUUUCCCGGCGAGCAGUGGCGCGAUCCCAGCGACUAUAAUGCCAAUCUGCGUCGCACAUCGCUGGAUGCUCAGCGUCUGCGGCGACUGGUGAGCAAACUGCAGCCAAACUAUAUCAACGAUGAUGACUUAGACAAGCUGUCGAACAUGGAUCCCAACUCCCUGGUGGAUAUCACAGGACGUGAGCCCAAGGACAGCGAGUACUCCUCAAGGAGCGAUGCGGCACGCAGGUCCACAGAGCUAUCCUGUUAGGAUAUUUGGACAUUUUUUAGAGUAAACGGAGCAGGAGGAGGAGCUAUGUAUAUAUGGGAAUUUGUACGAGUUUAUGAGUCAGAAAGAAAUGUUGGGGUAUUUUUGGAAAACGUUUUGAUGGCAAACAUAUUUGAAAGGGUUUAACUCCGCCUCCGUAUAGAGCAGAUUUAGAAAAAGUUGUGUAUUUUUCGAGCCCACAUUGUAGACGCCAACCUGAAUGUCUAUUAUCAGCCGCUAAUUGUUCCUAGACCAAUAGCUGUGUAACGAGCCACAAUCUGGAGAGCCUCAAAGGUCCAUCUCCAGUCCUAGAUGACCUCACCUCACCUCCUCACAACCUCUCUCUGUAUAUCCCCUUCAGAGGAAGAUCAACGAAGUGCAGCUUAGAGUUUAGAGUCUGUCUAAGCUUGUAGGUAUUAAUAAAUGAAAUAAAUUAAAUAAAUAUAUUAUAUAUUUUCCAUAGCAAAGUCCUUGUGAAUGAUGUCACACAGAAACAGUUUGGGUUGUUAGGGAGCAAGUACGAUUUUACCAUAAUUGAAUCUCAAUUAAAUCAAUUAACAAUUGAAUAAACGUUUAACACACAAAUCCACACACACGGCACACAAAGAAACGUUUUCACAUUUUUUUCGUCGUUUUAAUGCUGCAUCAAUGAUCCAGGCACUAUUUGUUGCACUAAUCGAAGGGUUAUAGGAGCCCGUAUUUAACUCGAUUUACAUUUACGUUGGA